CACACACACAUACACACACACUCCUUUUGUCUGUGUGUCUUAAAUGAUCCAGACACUCUGAUCCGGGUCCGAUCGCACCGAGUCGUCUCCAGCAGCCCGGUCCAACAUGGCCACGUCCGGGGACCUGAAGGUGUUCCUGGAGUCCUCCCUGAAUGAGAUCUUCAGAGCCACAGUGAGCGACAUCCUGGACUCGGUGGACCGGACGCUGUGCGAGCACCAGGGCACGAUACGGAGGAUCGAGUCCGAGAACGAGGGCCUGAAGCGGCUGCUGUUUGCACACAGGAGCCGGGAGAGAGAGCAAGAUGUCACAGAGCAGCCCUUGGAGUGGACCAGUUAUCCGAUCGCCUCAACCCAGGGCACGUUCAAGAUGUCCAUAUGCAGCAGUGACAAGAAGAGCUGCAGGAGGAAGCGAAAAGACAAGAUGAGGGCGAUUGUGUCGCCUGACUCCUUUUUUCUGCAGACACAUCCUCAGGUAGAACAACCAUGUGUCAACACGGCAGAGGUAAGUAUAGACAGAACCUUGGUAUCUGUGAAAGAAGAGACCGGCCGGGAGGAAAGCUGCGCCAUUGACCUCUCCCAGCCCUCGUCUCUUCUCAAUCUGCCAGUGAGGCCCUUAAAAGACGAGAGCACAGUGGCCACUUGUGACAGUCCGGAGGCAUAUGCACCUCUGCUGCCCUCUUCAGGCCCUGAGCCGUACUCCAGAGGCAGUGAUGGUGAAGAUAACGUCCCCAUGGUCUCUGACAGCAACAUGCAGGAUGGACCGUAUAUUAAGACAGAGGAGGAGGAGCAGAAUGGGGUGUUGCAGUACAGUGACAAUGACAUUUUCUCCAAGCAGGAGUUGACGCAUGUGUUGCAAUAUUUCCCCGAGUCAAAUGCAGACCCAGAGGAAGCGAGCGGUCAGGUGGCAGAGCCAGAGGCUGCGACGCAUGAGGAGGACGACCCCCCCGCUGUGGCUGCAGACGAGCUUGUGGAAAACCGCGACAACUUCUUGCGCUGCCCCAGCUGUCCCAAAACGUUCAGUCGAGCAGCCUCGCUCAAUGUCCACAUCAAGACUCACAGCGGCGAGAAAGUCCACUGCUGCAGCUACUGCGGGAAACGCUUUGGCCGCGCCGACCUCCUCAAAUCCCACAAACGCACCCACACCGGAGAAAGACCCUACUGCUGCACCAUCUGCACUAAAACCUACGCCCACCCCAGUCAGCUCAGGAUACACAAGCGCAUACACACUGGAGAGAAGCCGUACUGCUGCUCGCACUGUGGGAAGCGCUUCAACGAGCACAACCAGCUCAAAGUCCACUUGCGGACUCACACCGGGGAGAGGCCUUACAGCUGCCAGGAGUGCGGCAAGACAUUCAGCAAUGCGGGAAACCUGCGCAUACACGAGCGGAUCCACACAGGCGAGAAGCCGUACUGCUGUGCCCAGUGUGGGAAGAGGUUUAAUGGCCUGGGUGACCUCAAAACGCAUUACAGGAUUCACACUGGAGAGAGGCCCUACAGCUGCGAGCUGUGUAAGAAGACCUUCAGCCAGGCGGGACACCUCACCAUACACAUGCGCAUGCACACGGGAGAGAGACCAUACAGCUGCAGCGAGUGCGGCAAGAAGUUCACGGUGGCCAGCAGCCUGAAGCUGCACCAGAGGACGCACACGGGAGAGAAGGAGUACAGCUGCGCCUACUGCAGCAAGAGCUUCAGCAGGUCGGGACACCUGAAGAGACACGAGCUGGUCCACACCAAAGAGAAGGUCUUCCUCUGCAACCAGUGUGGAAAGAGCUACACGGACCAGUCGUCCCUUAAGAAACACUUGAAGAUGCACUCGUCCAAGGAGCAGAUGGCUCAGAGCGAGGGAAGCACCAGCGAGGCCGAGACGAGUGCAGUCCCACCUUCAGCCUCUGAGACGCAUUCAGACACGGAUAAAAACUGUAGCAGUUGAAUCAUGUAAAAGCUGCGAUUCAAAAUGCACAGAGCAGCUUUUACAAAUAUUUGAACCACAUCUCACAUCAGCUACAUUUGACCCACGAAUAAUGGUGGAGAACUUCAUCCAGUAAAACAAUAAGAACACUGGACAGGAGAAUGAAUGAACAGCAGAAACCCACAUCAGCUGUGUGACCAGUAACAGACUCAUGAGUUUGAGACAUUAUCAGGCCCCAGAACAAUUUUCUUUUUGUGCUGGAGCCUUGGCAGCCUUGUGGAGGUUAAUGGUGUUUCCUUCACACAGGGCUACUGUACUUUUGCACCUAUCCAACAGAAAUACUACUGCCCCUUGAUUUGACACCAUGACGCCCUCACACUCAGCUUAUGUAGGUGAUGACAAUGGGACGUAUAUAUGUCGUAAAAACUUCCUUUGUCCGCUCCCUAAAUAAAACCAAACUAAUGUAAACACAGAGUCUAAGACAUGAAGCUUGGUUCGGACUUUCAAAUGUGAAAAUGCCUUUAAAGCUGUGCUCGAUUACUGUAUAACAUGAACAUGGUAAUUCUACCAUAAACCAUGCUGUGAUAACUUUGUUGUAAAAUCCUGACGCAGAGUACAAACUGUUGCAGUGGUUUUGCAUCUGAUAAACUGAUCAAACUAAUUUAUCUGUUACCCAGUCCCUACUUCCUAAAUCAUGUCAUGCAGUCAAACUGGUACCUGUAAAAAUACACUGCACCAGGGCACCCCCCUAUUCUGUAUUAACAGGACUAAAUAUUUAGUCAGAAAUACUAUAUACUGACAUAUACAUUUGAUUGAUUAACUCUAAUAUUCUCCUUGUAAGCGUUUCUCAGUGUAAGACACAGGCAGAAAAUAGGACCCUCAAAGAACGUUAAAACCUGCUGUAUGUUACCAAACUGUGGUAGAUUGUGUGUUUAUGAAAUGCUUUAUAGGAACAUAACUAUUUUGAUUGAUUGCAACGUCUAUCAGAUCGAUAAGUUGCUGAAAUGUUCCCACAGGGUUGAUUUAAAAAAAACAAUUGUCUUAGAAGAUACAUCUACAAACUUUGUAGCCCGAGAGUUAGAAAUGUGUUCUGCUCUGUGAUUUAAAGUUAAUAUAACACUGUAUAUAGCUUUAACUAUACAGUCAUAGGUCUGAUCCAUUGACCCGACGAGAAUGUAUUUGUGUAAUAAUAUUACUGCUAAUCAGGAGCGAUUGACCAGCUUUCAGUAGUAACCUGUUUUGUAAGCAACGCUGAUCUCGAAUAAUGCCCAGCUUCUAGAGGAUUUUUCACCGUAAUGAUACGAGGACAUAUAUGAAUAUUGUUCAACUGACACAUGCAGGAGUAAAGUUUCAUGUUCAUGAUCACAGAGCAACUAUUUCCUGUGGCGACUGGUUGAUAUACCUGCAUAGCAAUGUACAUUAAACUGACUGUUUGCUACUAGCAAUUUAUUGUGAUUUACUUUGGUGUUGUUUGUGUCUAAAUUAAA